AAUAUAAAUCAUAUAGAGUUCUAAUAAAAUUAAUAAUAUUUUACAUUUUCGUUUACUUCUGCAAUUGCAAAAGUCUCUCCUCCCCCCCUUCUUGGAAUUAUGGUAUGAAGAUGAUGAUAAAAAGAAUUGUAGAUAUGCAUAAACGUUGAGCAACGGUAUGCAUCUUUCUCUCAUGCUGCUCAAGCGUUAAACAAUGGUUUUCCAUUUCCGAUGUUUGUCUAUUAAAUAUGCACAAGAUAACGGUCCUGGCCUAUCAAUCGAAAACUUUUAUACCGCACAAUCAGAUUUUGAUCUUCGACAAUCGGGGUCCGCACCCACCGAGUAUAACCCAAAGCCAGAUGUGAGAUCAAGCAAUCUAAGAGUUUUCUCUCUUGCUGACCUUAACGAAGCAACUAAUAACUUUAACGCGUCUUCCAAGAUCGGUGAGGGUGGAUUUGGGAAUGUACAUAAGGGCGUCAUCAAGAGGUUAGAACCUCCAUAUGACAAUGUUUAUGUCGCUGUGAAGCGGGGUAAAAGAGGACAAAGGGGAUACAAGCAGUGGGAGUCGGAAGUGAAUAUUCUCGGGGGGAUUAUGCAUCAAAACCUUGUGAAGCUAAUCGGCUACUGUAACGAUCAAAAUGGGAACGAAAGUAACUGGCUUUUGGUGUAUGAGUAUAUGCCUAACGGAAGCGUAGACGAUCAUUUAUCGGGUAAGUCAGAUACCAUUCUCUCGUGGAGCCGGAGGCUAAAGAUAGCCCUAGAUGCCGCUAUUGGUUUGACAUACCUACACGAGGGAAUGGGAGGAGGCCGCAAGAUAAUCUUUAGAGAUUUUAAACCCUCGAAUAUUCUUUUGGACAAGGACUGGAAUGCGAAGCUUUCGGAUUUUGGAUUUGCUAGGGAUGGUCCUCUAGAUGGACAAACGCAUGUCUCAACCUCGGUAGUAGGAGGAACAAAGGGAUAUGCAGCUCCAGAAUACGUUCAAACGGGGCGUCUAACGUUCAAGAUUGACGUGUGGAGUUACGGCGUAUUUCUUGAGGAACUGGUUUCAGGCCGACGCCCCAUUCUCCAAAAAAACUCGACGGAGCAAAAUCCCAAAUGCACGAGUUGGAUAUGCUGCCCUGCAGGUGCAGGGAAGUCAAAGCUACCAGUUGACCCGAGGCUUGACGGCACUUAUUCUGAGAGAUCGAUGCAGAAGAUAUGUUCUAUUGCCGAAAUGUGUUUGGUCAAAGACCCAAAGAAAAGGCCAAAGAUGGGUGAGGUGCUGCAAAUGGUGAGAGAAGCUAUUGCGUUGGAAAGUCAACAGCCAGUCAACGGUAGCCGGAUAUAAAGUCACGACAAGCUGCAGAUCUUUUGUAUCCUUGUAAAUUUUAUUUAAAAUUCUAUUUAUUGAAAUUGAAUGUCUGUAAAAAUGUUAUUUUUUUUUUUUUGCCGAUUAUGUGCUUUUAAAUAUUUAUACAAGUGUUAUGGUUCUGUUUUUAACUACAUAAGAUGUUACUUUUAUUUUUC